AUGAUUAUGAUCAGAGGAGUCCAGAAUCGACCUUCAAUUUCAGAAGCAAAAAUACCGAGACGGGCCAAUGCACUUAGAACGAAACGGGAUAUCCUCUGGGAUGAGGUCGGUACACGACACCGAAGAAACCCAAAGCAGGCAUUCAGAUCGGUCCUCUCUGAUGGGACUUUGCCACGCAGCAUUUUGCACAACUACACAGCCAGAGAUUCCUCCUCAGAAAAUUGUGGCUGCCUAAAUGGUGGCUGGUGUCAAGAUGAUGGGGUGUGUGACUGCACCCAACUCCAGGCGCUGGGAGACCGCUGCCAGAUAGUACCUAACCAGGGUCAAGACAGAGAUGGGAUUUGUAGGUCCUGGGGUCAGCACCACUAUGAAACCUUCGAUGGGAUCUACUUCUACUUUCCUGGGACGUGCUCCUACGUCCUGGCCCAAGACUGCCAUUCGACAUCACCUCAGUAUACUGUGUGGGUGCACAACAGCAGAAUGUGCAACAGCAAUUUGUAUUCAUGCCCAAGAGCUCUCACCCUGCUUUUUCCAAAUGAGGAAGAGAUCCAUAUAUCUGCAUACCAUGUCCACCAGGGAGGACACAGGCUCAGUCUACCACACACGAUAGGAGGUGUUUUCAUUGAGCGGCUUGCCGAUUACCUGCUGGUAAAGAGUGUUUUCGGAUUUUCUCUGGCCUGGGAUGGAGGCACUGGUGUCUACCUGAAGUUGAGCGAGGAGCACCAGGGCGCCCCCUGUGGUUUGUGUGGGAAUUUCAACCACAUACCAGGUGACGACCUGACCACUGUCCGUGGCAUACGGACUAAUGAGCCGGCUGUGUUUGCUAACAGCUGGGCAGUUGACCUGCCUCAUGAAAGACUUUGUCCCUUAGUGGACCUUGACUUCAGUGGACCGUGUGACUCAGAAUCUGACAUGGAUGAUGCCAUCGAGAAAUGCAGUGCUCUCCUCUUCUUCCCCUUCCUGUCCUGUCACGAGAAUAUUGAUCCCAAUCCAUUUGUUGCCAGCUGUGUCUCUGACCUUUGUAUAGCUGAUGAUGAGGAGACAUUUUGCAGAGCUUUGGUGGAGUACACCCGAGCCUGCUCUCAUGUGGGAUAUCCAGUGAGGGAAUGGAGGGAUAGUUUCCCCUCUUGUAAUGAUGGUUGCAAGGAGAGCUUCGUGUACAGAGACUGUAUCAGUUGCUGUCCUCCCACCUGUACCUUUGAAAAGGAAUGCCUUGGAACCAACCUGCAUUGCCUGGAUGGCUGCUACUGUCCUGAUGGGCUCAUUCUACAAAAUGGAACAUGUAUAGCUGCUUCUCAGUGCCCGUGUGUUUACCACGGUUCAUCAUACGUGCAUGGACAUGUGCUUCGACAGGGUUGUAAUGUUUGUGUUUGCGUGGGAGGUAUAUGGAACUGCACUGAGAACAACUGCACUGCGGAGUGUUCAGUCAUGGGUGACGUGUUUGUGACCACAUUCGAUGGGAGGAUGUUUCUUCAGCCAGGGGCGUGCCAGUACGUCCUCGCUAAGAGCCGCGGCAGCAGCAGAUUUACCGUCACACUGCAGUACACUACCUGCACUGAGAAGCUGGUAUGUAUACAGUCAGUGACUCUGUUGCUGGAAGCGGAUGUCAGUCGCCAGAUUACUCUGACCAGAGAAGGAGGGGUGAUGAUCGGCAUCAACUCGGCACCUAUGCUGCCUUACAGUGAUGAUGUCAUGGAUGUGCGUAAACUGACCUCAGUGUUCACGCAACUGAAAGCACGACUGGGGCUAAGAUUGCAUUACGAUGGCCGAGGUGGGCGAGUCCAUCUCCAGCUCGAAAGCCGCUGGCGUGGUUUGACUCUUGGUCUUUGUGGGACCUUGAAUGGAAAUCUUAGAGACGACUUUCUGUCUCCUGCUGGUAUGAUUGAGGGCACACCACAGCUACAUGCCAAUGCUUGGAAGGUCUCUUCAGCCUGUGUAGCACCGGUUAACAUGCCGAUUGUUGAUCCGUGCGAAAUUAAUCUACAGAACGUAUUUUAUGCCUCCAAAUGUGAGGUGCUCCUGGGAAGUGUGUUUGCCCCAUGCCACGGUUACAUCAGUCCAAACAUCUACCGGCAGCAGUGUCGCUACCAGGCCUGCCGUUGCGGAAGUGCUUGUCUGUGCACUGCUCUGGCUCACUACGCCCUGCUCUGCUCUAAACACGGAGUUGACGUUAAUUUCCGAGCACACGUCUCCGAAUGUGGAGUGGUGUGUCUAGGAGGGAUGCUGUACCAUUCAUGUGUGUCGUCCUGUGGGCGGUCCUGCCGCGCCCUGUCCAGCAUGGAAAUAUGUAACCCCGAUGACUGUGCCGAGGGGUGUGGCUGUCCUGAUGGCAGUUACUAUGACGACGUGCGCCAGCGAUGUGUGCGAGUAGCUCAGUGCCACUGCUACAGCAUGACUGGUGUGUCUCAACCAGGCGAGGUUAUCUUCAGCGUCACUGGACCCUGUCUGUGCAGGAAUGGGAAGUUUGAGUGUGUGCCAGAGGAAAAAGAGCCAGACAGCCCAGAGAUCGAGGAGUGCCCCAGGGGUAAAGUUUACCACAGUUGCGCUGAGCAGAGAGGCGGUGUGGCCUGUGCGCCGACAUGCCGAAACCUCAUGUUGAACGUCACCUGCUCACCCAACACCCCGUGUAUCCCGGGCUGCGUCUGCCCUCCUGGGCUGGUGAUGCACCGUGGGGAAUGUUACUAUCCAGAGAACUGCCCCUGUGUCUGGCUUGCCCUGGAGUAUCUCCCUGGAGAAACAGUGGAAACAUCCUGUUCUAAAUGCGUAUGUCAUCGUGGUUAUUUUAACUGUAGCUAUUCACCGUGUCCAGCUGUGUGUACCAUCUACAGCGACAGACAUUACCACACUUUCGAUGGACUGGAAUAUGACUACCACUCAGACUGUCAGGUCUAUCUGCUCAAAAGUUCAAGAGAGACUGAAGUAUCCAUUGUUGCCCAAAACAAGGACUGCUAUGAGAGUAGCAUUGUGUGCAUGAAAACACUGGUCAUACACGUGGGACUUACAAAGAUCUACUUCAAGGACAACUCUGGCAAUCCUAGCCCAUCCACUGUGGUAGGUCGAGAGUCAGCAUUUGAGCUGUGGAAAGCCGGCUUCUACACUGUGGUGCACUUCCCUGAUCAGGACCUGACCAUCCUCUGGGACCGUAAGACAACCGUACAUAUCAGAGCCGGGCCUCGGUGGAAGGGCCUUCUCGGUGGACUAUGUGGAAACUUCGACAGCGUGACUGUCAAUGAUAUGACCACGUCGAGCAACAUGGAGGUCAACAAUGCGCAGACCUUUGGAGAUAGUUGGGCGCUGGGACAGUGUCAAAGUGAGUACGUAGUGGAGCGACCAUGUGAAGCUGACUUGGGGAGACAACCAUACGCCAAGCGAGAAUGUGCACUUCUAUACAGUGACGUCUUUUCAUCUUGUCACAAUGUGGUGGAUGUGGCCUGGUUCUACAGAAACUGCCUGACCGACACUUGCAACUGUGACCGAGGGGGUGACUGUGAGUGUCUGUGCACAUCCAUCGCCGCCUAUGCUCACAAAUGUUGCCAACAUGGCAUCACUGUACACUGGAGGUCGCCCUCUGUGUGUCCCCAGGAUUGUGAAUACUACAACCAAGCAUUAGGUGACGGGCCGUAUUCCUUGGUGAGCGCUGUCCACAAUAACACAAUGAUAGGAGUGAAUCACACCAGUGGCUCAGUAUUUCCUCUGGUGAGAGACACAUCAGGCCGUAUGCCUGCCCCUGGUCUACUCUUCAACUUUAUGGUGACAGCAGGCCUUCACAGGAACAAGACGUCACGCAUCCCUGUGGUAUCCCUGGAGUCUGCGGAGAGACCCAACUUCUUCCUCAUCGUGUCAGGAAAGAGAUGUGUCCAGCUGGAGCAUUGGAGUCAAGGGGAGGAGUUCAGACAGCGGGCGACAUUCAUCCAGCAUCAAGGAUUGUUUCUGCCUGGUCACAGCUCAUUCGAAGUCGCCAGCCAACCGGGAGUUUUUCUGACACUGACACGCACUGCUGCCCGAGCUCUGAGAUAUGACACCUCUGCUGGUUUCAAAGCCAGUAGUAGCUUCAUACUCGAUGAGACUCGCUUUGUCAUCCCCUACCGGAUGAUGUGUGAGUGGCGCUAUCAGGCCUGCGCCAGCCCAUGCGUGCGCACUUGCAGUGACCCAGAUGCUACACACUGCAACUUCCUGCCUCUAGUGGAGGGCUGUUUCCCACGAUGUCCUAAGAACAUGGUCCUAGAUGAGAUCACUAGCAGAUGUGUCUACAUAGAGGAUUGCGUAACUCUUCCCCCGACUCCCACCCCUUUUGCAUUCGUGACGCGGCCCGACAUUACUACAUCGCCACUCACUACACUUUUAACAACGAGGCAUGCAAGUAUCACAACCACUACAAGUACCACUAGUGUGCUCACUACGUCUUCCACUAUCAUGAAGCCAUCCAGUAUUGCCACUACUUUGACUCCAUUUCCUCCUGGGAUCCCCACCACUACAAUUCCCCCCACAAGAACACCCACUAAAACUCCUCCAACACCCUCAACCACUACAACAGAGCCUUCUACAUCACCCCUCAUUUUUACUCCAACCCCUUCAAUUACAACUGUUACUGCACCAUUAACACCAGUGCCACCCGUGCCCAUGACAUCAACGCCUUUUUCCAUCAUCUCCCCGGGCAUCACGACCACAGCAACUCCACCUCAACCCGAGCCUGCUGACACUGCCGCGAUCACCCCUGCAGAUGCUUCUACGGUUGCUGUGGCAACGUCUGCACCAAUUGACACAAGCACCCAACAAGUGAUUACAGAAAUAUUCACGAGUGAGGACAUCUCUCCAACAAAAGAGGAUGUGUCGACCAUAUCUCCGUUGUUUAUGCCCACAACACCCUGCACUCCCCCAUAUGUGUUCCGAAUCAACGAGUGCGCGGAUCUCAUCUGUUUCAACGGGCAGCUGCUGCUUUAUAAUGCAUCCCUGCAUUGCCGCGUAAACACCACCAGACCCCAGUGCAGCCUCCUAGGCCUGCCUGUCCUCAUCAACAUGGACCCCUGCUGUCCACAGUGGCAGUGCCCUUGUCGUUGCACCGUGAUGUCCGACCUGCGCGUGAUCACGUUUGAUGGCAACAAUGUGGCCUUGUACGAUAAUGGCUCCUACAUCCUGGUUAAGCUGCCGGGAGAAACAAUUGUUGGCACAGUAGAGAAAUGCCCAACCAGCCAGAGCGUAAACUCAAUCAGAAGACCUAGCGGAACAGGUGGAACAUCUGGUCUAUGCUUGAAAAAAUUAAAUAUCACCACCUCUUCCGACCGCAUCAUUAUCAAUCGACUGGAUCGAAAGGUAACAGUGAACUACAGGUCACCUCGGCUGCCAUUUUCCCUUCACUCUCUUCAUGUGGAAGACACUGGCACAAUGUAUCUUAUCAAAACGCCUGCCAACGUCAGCAUACAGUGGUAUCACAGCACUGGGAUUAUGGUGCUGCAGUACAUCACGCCAACUGAAGCGUCUGUGCUCACUCAAGGCCUGUGCGGUUGCUGCGAUGGCAACCCGGACAAUGACCUGAGGUUGCCUAAUGGCAUUGUAGUGAGAGAGGUGGGAGACAUGAUGCUUUUCCUGCAAGCUUGGAGGGUCCCUACGCCUGAUGAAAGCGAGCAUACUCGCCGGGUCGGAGACAACUGUACCAUAGGGGACUGCUCCAUUUGUCUUUACAUGCUUCACCAGAGAGCCUUCACGCCAUGCCAUAGCAAGGUGCCUCCAAACCAAUUUUGUGACAUUAUGUGGGCAGGCGACCUGCACUACAAGGACCACCAGUGCGACUUCCUGGCAGCGUAUGUGGCCGUCUGCUACACACAUCAAGUGUGCGUCAGCUGGAGACGACACAAUUUCUGCCCUCUUCGGUGCCCCCCUGGAAAGGAGUACCAACCUUGCGUGAACACCUGCACCAGCCUCACCUGCCUAAACAGGGACUACUACAAGGAGACCGCCUGCCCCUUCAUCCGAGAGGAAUGUGUGUGCCGCAGCGGGACCCUCUUGCAUCGUGCCGAUUCCCCACACUGCGUGACUGAGGAUCGCUGCGCAUGCACAGACAACGAAGGCAGGCCCCGGGCAUCCGGCGAGGUGUGGAACGGCUCCACUCAAAGCUGCUGCCUUUAUAAGUGCAUAGAAAAUGGCUCAGUGAUCGCUGUGGAACCCGACUGCGGCUUUAUCCCGACGCCGAUAUGCGAGAGGCAUGGAGAGUAUGUGCUGGAUGUUCUGGAGGAAGGUGCCUGUUGUCCCAAGAAGAUCUGUGACUGCAACAUGACCAUAUGUGACAUCGAAGCACCAGCUUGUGAAGAAGGCGACCGGCUGGUGAUUGGUUAUAGUGCACUCUCCUGCUGCCCUGAGUACAGAUGCGAAUGUGACCCUGCAGCUUGCCCGUCUGCACCUUCUCCCAGCUGUAGGGAGGACCAGUUUUUAGUGGAGAUUCGAGAGGAGAAACGGUGCUGCUAUUCUCACCUCUGUGUGUGUGAAUCAUGCAUGGAGCCUGUUCCAGUCUGCUCGCAUGCAGAAAUCCUGGCUGUGGUUCUGAGCACCACCAACAGCUGCUGUCCACAGUACCACUGUGUGUGUGACAUCAACAAGUGUCCUGAGUCCUCUGUGAUCUGUGCACCAGGUCUUACGGUGGUCAAAACCACUGUACCAGGCAAUUGCUGUCCGCAGCAGCAUUGUGAAUGUCAAUGUGAGGACAGUGCUCUCCAAGUGUGCCAGCUUGGGGAGGUUCUAUUCGAGGUCCCAGACAUCAGCAACAGCGACUGUGGCUGUCCUCGACACGUGUGCCAGAAAGCAGAGGUGUGCCUUUACCUAGGGGUGACUGUGCUCGGACCGGGCCAAUCCCUUGUUCAGUACUUUGAGGCGGAGAUUUGUUCUACUGUCCACUGCUUGCAUCACGAAGACCCCAACACUGGCUUCUACGCCAUGGAAAUCAUCUCAGUCAACUGUUCCCAGCAAUGUGAACCUAACCAGAUAUACGUUUCAUCUACUGACCCUCAGGUGUGCUGCGGCUCCUGUAAAAACAUCUCCUGCAUAUUUACCAAUGACAACGGGACCAGCGAGCUAUUUGCUGUAGGGAGUUCCUGGGUGGAGAACUGUACGCGUUACGACUGCAUGGAGACGGCUGUUGGAGCAGUGGUGCUGGCCUCUGGCGUUGUAUGCCCGCCUUUCAAUCACACACAAUGCAUUCAGAAUGGUGGUGUGGUUCAGACCUAUGUUGACGGCUGCUGCAGGACAUGUAAAGAGGAUGGUAAGACAUGCAAGCGAGUGGCUAUCCGGACCACAAUACGUAAAGAUGACUGCAGGAGCCACACACCGGUGACAGUCUUCUCCUGUGAUGGCAAAUGUCCGUCGGCCACUAUCUUCAACUUCAAUAUCAACAGUCAUGCCAGGUUCUGCAAGUGCUGCCGCGAGAACGGAUUGCAGUCUCGCUCGGUGGUGCUCUACUGUACACGCAACGCCACCGCCGUGGAAUACCACUUUCAAGAGCCGCUAGACUGUACUUGCCAGUGGAGCUGA